CGUUGACUUUAUCAGCGUUAAAUUCGGGUGUUAUGUGUCCAAUUUGAUGGAAGUCCAUUGUUACCGUUCCGCAGUUGUUUUUGCCUUCAAUCAUGCUGACCAACACAGGCCCAGUGGCCAAACUCUACUUGUCCAUAAUUGAUGAUGUGAUUGAGAGUAUGAGGGAGCUCUUCUUGGAUGAAGGGCUUGAAGACUGCGUUCUUGACGACUUAAGACGUCUUUGGGAGUCAAAGAUGAUGCAGUCUAAAGCAAUGGAAGACUUCAGGAAAAACAACAUUAACUCAUCCAACUUUGUGCUCCAGCUCCCCGCCAGCUACAGUCAGACUGAUCAAGAACUGGCAGCAUCAGUUGUGAUCCCUGCAAGUCAGAAUAUCCACAGCUUCCCAGUCAAGAACAACUCAGAGACGAUGACUACCUUCUCUCUCCCUGCUGGGUUGGCUUACCCUGUGCAGAUACCAGCAGGAGUCACUCUACAAACAGCCUCCGGUCAACUUUACAAGGUUAACGUUCCUGUUGUGGUUACUCAGGCCCCAGCAGGUCAGCAACCUGUAUCUCACCCCACACAGAAAGCUCCUGCCCUUCAGUCAGCUGCAAUCCCAACAAAUACCAUUCAUCCUCAGGAGGUGGAGCCACCCCCUCUCCUAGCUCCCCCUGUCUCACAGCCGCCACAGCCAAAGACAGCUUUACUCCCCAGUCAGGAGAACAGCCUCCCCCAGCAGCCACAGGUUCCCGCUGCUGCUGACACCUCGCAGCUUCAGGGGGUCCCCUCUCCAUCGCCGGAGGUCACACUGGGAGAAAAUGAGCCGAGUCCACAAUCUGAACCUGUGAACUUAAGUAUGAGCGCCUCACCCAGCGGUCAGGUGUUAGACUUCCAGCUCAGCACAGAGGAGGCUUUGACACAGACAGCACAGUUAAAAACCAGAGACAUUGAUGACAUCCUGAAAAAAGUGAUCGAGGAGGAGAGGGAGAAAGCGGAAAGGAUGGACCAGGGCUACAGCUACAGUGAACUGUCGGACAUCGUUCAGCUGGAUGGUCCUGCAGACAACUCUGACAUCGAGGAGGAAAAUGGAGUUCCCCUGGAAGAGAACGACUUUCUGGGUAUAAUCAACGCAGAGGCCAUAAAGGCCCUGCAGGAAGGAGAUGGAAGCAGUGACGGCAACAGCAUCUCCUCCAGCAGCGACAGUGACGGAGCAGACGAACUCGGUAAUGUAGAGGAAGAGGAUCCUUUGAAUUCAGGUGAUGAUGUGAUUGAGCAGGACAUCCCCGAUCUUUUUGACACCGACAAUGUUAUCGUUUGCCAGUACGACAAAAUUCACCGCAGUAAGAACCGCUGGAAGUUUCAUUUGAAAGACGGAGUGAUGUGUUACGCAGGCAGGGACUACGUGUUCUCUAAAGCUGUUGGGGAAGCUGAGUGGUAAUGAGCUUUAGCUCUCCUGAAAAGAUCAGAUAAUCAUGUUGAAACAGGGGAAACAAUGAUUUAAAAGGGAAAAACAAUUAGUGAAUUUAGACCAUUUGGUGGUGUAAUUUGGCUCACAGGGCAGGAGGUUAAAACACCACCGAGCAAAAUCACUGAUACUUUAGUUGUUUUUUUUGUUUUUUUUUUGUAAUGCAAUUAUCAGAGCAAUCCUGCAAGUCAUUUACGAUCUUACAACUGAUUACUUACAGUGUUGCUUGUGAAUCCAAUUUACUGCGACAAACAGCAUGAAUUUAUGUUGUAUAAUGUUUUGUUAAAUGGAUUUCUUCAUUAGAAGAGCAAAACAUUAUUUGACCUGUUUCUUUGAA